UACACGAUUGUUUUCAUAGUCGUACAGCGUAACAGUCACAAGUCGAACGUCGAUCGACGACCGUACACACUACGCGUAUAUACAAUACCAAUGAUCUAUGAUAUAAUAUUAUAAUCUCGUAUUUCGUACGCGACGUGACCGCGUAACCGCUGCGCUCAGGGAUAUAGAACACCAUAUACGGCUCUACCUAUACAAUACACAUUUGAACGUCGCACGAAGAAUACAAUUUAAUAAGCUGUUGUACCGCGUGCACACCGGCCACAGACAUAGUGUAUAUAUAUAUAUAUAGUAUAAUAUACUAUAUGAGUGUGAAGUUCUCGUAACGACUUGACUGAUUUAAUUUGUCAUUAAAAAAAAUUGUUGUAAGUCUCUACCGUUGGUUACAAGACAUUUUUGACGAUGUCAUAAAUCGACCGCUUUUCACGAUUUCGGAAUUCGAUACGAACAUCAUGUACAGCCUGGCAGAACGUCGCGAUUUCGGAAGAAAGAAAUUUGGACAUGUUUGAGUCCAGAUAUACUUUGCUGUUGAACACAUUCGAUUUAACCCCUAGCUGUGCAGUUUGAGCACCAUUCCAGACAACCCUAAUACAAUGACUUACGACACCAGCGGAGUAAAACGCGAGAAGCCGUCGCCGCCGGAAGACAACCACGAAUCAUGGCAGGCCAUGAGCAUCAUGUCAAAAGCCAAAUUCAUGUUGAAACACUGUACGGUGGAACCGAUGUUGGGGUGCUACAUAGUGUCCAGCGUGCUGGCAUCGCUCGCCACGCAGAAUCUGAACUUGCAGAAGGCGUGCCGGGUAAACCUCCGGCUGGACAACGCCACAUGCUCGGCACUGGAGAGCCGAUCGAUGGACAACUACACGAGGGAGGACGAGGUGGUCGUCCAGGAGCUAGUCGCCGACAUGAUAAUAUGGAAAACGAUCGUGCAGAGCAGUAUACCGUCGGUGCUAAUAAUAUUCAUCGGAUCGUGGAGCGAUCGGAACCACAAACGCAAGCCGUGCAUGCUGAUACCAAUCAUCGGUGAAUUCCUCACAAGCAUCGGCCUGUUGGUCUGUACUUACUACUUUUACGAUCUCCCGAUGGAGGUGGCCGGGCUCGUGGAGUCCGUACCGCCGGCUAUGACCGGUGGAUGGAUGACCAUGUUCAUGGCCGUGUUCAGCUAUGUAGGAGACGUGACUACGGUGAAAAUGCGCACAUUAAGAAUCGGUAUAGUGAACGUAUUCUGUUCCGUAGGUGUGCCCAUCGGCACCGCGUUAUCUGGUGUACUGUUCCGAGAACUUGGAUUUUACGGUGUAUACAUCAUAGCUACAGUAUUAUACAUAUUUGCAUUUGUAUACGGCAUGGUUUUUAUCAAAGAGACAAAGCCAGUAAUCAGUAUUGAAAGCAAAGAGCCACCGAGGGACACGUCCUGUUUGGAUUUCCUCCAGGACUUUUUUAGUCUAAGCCAUAUCAAAGAAGCCGUUCGAGUGACGUUUAAAGAAGGACAGUAUAACCGAAGACUUAGAAUUAUUGCUCUAAUGGUGGUUGUCAUCGUUGUAAUGGGCCCUUUGCAUGGUGAAAUGUCUGUGAUGUAUUUGUUUACACGUGUACGUUUCAAUUGGGAUGAAGUGAAUUACAGUAUGUUUUCCACGUAUUCUAUGAUUACUAAUCUAGUAGGUACAAUGUUUUCGGUCGGAGUCUUCAGUCACAUGCUGCAAAUCGACGAUGCUUUGAUUGGAGUAAUAUCAUGUAUGAGUAAAAUAUUGGCCGGAUUUGUUUACGCAUUUGCUACAACGGAUUUCGUAUUUUAUUUGGCACCACUUGUUGACAUCGUAAACGGCACGUCGUUUAUUGCCAUGAGAUCAAUUAUUUCAAAACUUGUACCACCAGAUGAACUAGGAAAGGUAAACUCGCUGUUUGGCGUAUGUGAAGCUCUAGUACCCCUAAUUUAUGGACCAAUGUACAGCGCUGUGUACAAGGCUACACUGAAAACAGUUCCAGGAGCGUUUUUCUUACUCGGGGGUGCAUUAACUGCUCCAGCAGCUCUCAUAUUUUUAUGGAUGUACAAUGAACAUAAAAAGGAACAGAGAGAAAAAGAAGCAGAGAUCAAAGAUGAAGAAAAGAAAUCCGGCCCGCUGAAGAAAAAAAAUAGUUUAGAUUUCAGAAUAACCUCGCAUGACUUUGACUUAAAAACUAUAUUAGAUCGACGAACACAGACCCAUAGAGGUUCAGGGCAAUUUUCAAGUCUAGGAUUGGACAACAAAGCGUUCCAAAUGGAAGAAGGAUCUGCUAAAAGCUAAUAAUCCUGAUGACUAAUAAUAUGAUUGAGUAUUUUUUAUUCCUAAUGUCAUUAGGACACAACUUCGUUCAUUCGUAUCGUAUAUAAUGUGUACAUAAGUUAAGACGUCCGUGAAAAUGAUUGUGUACAUUGUACAAUUAUUAAAAAUUAGUAACUUAAUGUCCAUAUUUUGAUGUUUAAUAUAUGUCUGUGAAUUUCUAUUACCAUGGUUGAAAACAUAUAUUAUCAUUUAUAUUUAUCGUUUUCCUGUGUAUGGGGUGUGUUAAUUUUGGAACAAUUUGUUUUAAAAAUAUUACCAUUGACUCACUAUAGGUCUGAAGUAGUAUUUACACUUGUAGUGAUAGAUAAAAAUAUCUGUAAAUGACAAUCUCAGUGACCUAAUCCCAAAUAGAAAUAUUGUAUAUUAUAUAUACAUUAACUGUUAAUAAUUAAUGGUAAAGCGAGUAAUUUAAACACUAAUAGUAUUGUCUUAUAGUCAUAGAAUACAGUUUUUCUAAUUUAUUUAUCUUGACAGACUUUAACAUCUAAAUUUUAAGUUACCCAUCUUUGUACAUGUAAAUAUAAAUAUAUAAUAUACAUACACACUUAUAAAUAGUUAUACAUU